AUGACCUUUCCUUGCUCCCAGCAGAGCAGUGGUGAUGUACUUGGCUCCCACUCAGAUGACCCAGGCAGCAAGAAGAAUGGGCAGGCUGGGAGACCAAAGAAGAGCCACCUGGCCUACGGCAUCCUGGACAUCCCACCUUGGUACCUCUGCAUCUUCUUGGGGAUCCAGCACUUCCUCACAGCCCUUGGGGGACUCGUGGGUGUGCCACUCAUCCUGGCCAAGGACCUGUGCUUGCAGCAUGACCCCCUGGGCCAGAGCUACCUCAUCAGCACCCUUUUCUUCGUCUCUGGCAUCUGCACUCUCCUGCAAGUGUUCUUAGGAGUCAGGCUGCCUAUUCUCCAGGGAGGGACCUUUGCUUUUGUGGCUCCUUCCCUGGCCAUGCUAUCACUUCCUGCCUGGAAGUGCCCCGAGUGGACAUUCAACGCCAGCCUGGUGAACAGCAGCUCUCCUGAGUUCAUGGAGGAAUGGCAGAAGAGGAUCCGAGAGUUGCAGGGUGCCAUCAUGGUGGCCUCCUGCGUCCAGAUGCUGGUGGGCUUCUCAGGACUCAUUGGCUUUCUCAUGCGUUUCAUCGGCCCCUUGACCAUUGCUCCGACCAUCUCCCUGGUGGCCCUGCCCCUCUUCGAUUCUGCAAGCAAUGAUGCUGGGAUCCACUGGGGAAUAGCCGCCAUGACCAUCUUCCUCAUCGUGCUUUUUUCUCAGUAUCUGAAAAACAUCACUGUGCCCAUGCCCAUGUGUGGAAGAGGGAAGAAACACCACGCCUCCAGGUUCCACUUGUUCCAGGUUUUCCCUGUGCUGCUGGCGCUCUGUGUCUCCUGGCUCUUCUGCUUAGUGCUCACGGUCACCAACGCCCUCCCCUCGGACCCCACGGCCUACGGGUACGGAGCCCGCACCGACAGCAAAGGCGGCGUCCUGAACCAGGCCCCAUGGUUCCGCAUCCCUUACCCAGGACAGUGGGGUGUCCCCACCAUCAGCCUGGCGGGGGUCUUCGGCAUCAUCGCUGGCGUGAUCUCCUCCAUGGUGGAGUCGGUUGGCGACUACUAUGCCUGUGCCCGGCUGGUGGGGGCCCCGCCUCCCCCCAAGCACGCCAUCAACCGUGGCAUCGGCAUUGAGGGUCUCGGCUGUCUGCUGGCGGGAGCCUGGGGGACGGGGAAUGGCACCACCUCCUACAGUGAGAACGUGGGGGCGCUGGGCAUCACCCAGGUGGGGAGCCGGAUGGUGAUUGUGGCGGCGGGCGGCGUGCUCCUCCUGAUGGGCGUGUUCGGGAAGAUCGGGGCUGCGUUCGCCACCAUCCCGACCCCUGUGAUCGGAGGCAUGUUCCUGGUGAUGUUCGCCAUCAUCAUGGCCGUGGGGAUUUCCAAUCUGCAGUUCGUGGAUAUGAACUCCUCUCGGAACCUCUUCGUCUUCGGUUUCUCCAUCUACUGUGGGCUCGCCAUUCCCAACUGGGUGAACAAGAACACAGACAGGCUCCAGACAGGCAUUCUCCAGCUGGACCAGGUCAUCCAGGUGCUGCUGACCACGGGCAUGUUUGUCGGCGGAUUUCUCGGCUUUGUACUGGACAACACCAUCCCAGGGAGUCAGGAGGAGCGCGGGCUCCUGGCGUGGAAUCAAAUGCAGGAGGAGUCGCUGGAGACUUGCGAGGCCUCUCAGAUCUACGGUCUCCCCUGCGGGAUCGGCACCAAGUUCUGCGUUUCCGCCUGUGCCCGGAGCCUCCCUUUCUGGCCCCGGCUGGAGAGAGGUGGGAAAGGUGAGGUGGGGGCGAGCCAGUUCAUCCUCUGCCCCCCGGACUACUCAGGAGGCCCCCCCCAGAAUGCCUUGGAGACCAAGAUGUGA